CUCGAGCGCAUCAAUGUUCAACCGUCCUCAUCAGAAGACGCUCUCAGGACAACCACAACGGAAUGCGCACUUGAGAAACAGAUCUUGAGCCGCAGCCGAUUUUUCAUUAUCUUCCACUCAAAGAAUCUUAAGCAAUUUUCUCCAGCUUCUUUCGCCAGAAGCGACCCAACACCUGUCUUCGACCUUUCUCCCCACAAGAGCUCAACCUCUCUCCCGACAAGAGACUUAGUACAUACGGCACGAUGCCUUCAACUCACAAAAAACCGAAGCCUUGGGAUACGGAUGACAUUGAUAAAUGGAAGGUCGACACCUUCACUCCCAAGGAUAAUGCUGCCGGCGCAUUCCUCGAAGAGAGUUCCUUUGCCACCCUCUUCCCCAAAUACCGCGAAGUCUAUCUGAAGGAAGCAUGGCCUCUGGUUACUCGCGCCCUCGAAAAACACGGAAUUGCCUGCACGCUCGAUUUGGUUGAAGGUUCUAUGACCGUGAAAACGACUUUACGGACGUAUGAUCCCGCCGCCAUUCUCAACGCACGCGACCUCAUCAAGCUCCUGGCUCGCUCCGUCCCCGCCCCUCAAGCUAUCAAGAUCCUCGAAGAUGGUGUUGCCUGUGAUGUGAUCAAGAUACGCAACUUGGUUGGAAGUCGUGAGCGCUUCGUCAAACGUAGACAACGAAUCCUUGGACCCAAUGGUUCAACUCUCAAAGCGCUUGAAUUGCUCACAGAAACAUACAUCCUGGUACAUGGAAACACAGUCUCCGUCAUGGGACCCUACAAGGGCCUGAAAGAAAUUCGACGUAUCGUGGAAGAUUGUAUGGCGAACCUCCACCCAAUUUAUAGUAUCAAAGAACUGAUGAUAAAAAGGGAGCUCGCAAAGGAUCCCGAGCUUGCCAACGAGAGCUGGGAUCGUUUCCUUCCCAACUUCAAAAAGAGGACUCUCAGCCACAGACGUGUUCCUCACAAGGUCACCGACAAGGCCAAGAAGACAUACACACCAUUCCCUCCAGCUCCCGAAAAGAGCAAGGUGGACAAGCAAAUCGAGACUGGCGAGUAUUUCCUGGCCAAGGGCGACAAGAAGCGUGCUUUACACGAGGAGCGCAAGGAGAAUCAGAGCAAGCGAAAGGAGGAGAAGGCAAAGGAGCGAGAGGCCGAGUUUGUCCCACCGCAAGAGGGCCGUCCCAAGAAGAAGCGCAAGAAGACGGAAGAGUAAACAGGGAGAGUAUCGUAUUUCGUGGAUGGGCAACUGGUGUGAGUUGUUUCAAUCUCAUCAUGUACAAGCUCUCAAGUUGUAUGAUACCCUGAAAAUCUCGGCGUUCUUCAUGUCUCUAUUUAAGGAUUAAUAGCUAAAAAGAAAUAUGGUUUCAAUUUCUGUGUCUAAA